CUCUCUCUCUCUCUGCUCUCUGUUCUGUGUUCUCGGGGUUGAUUGGUUAAGCUUCACAGAAGCCAUGCCUUCUUCCCUCAAUAAAUGCGAAGCUUUAGUUUCUGAGGAAGAAGUUAGCUCCAGCAGCAACAAAAAUGAUAGCAAGCGCUCCACUUUCUUCGAUGUUUAUGGCCCUCAAAGUAAAGCAGAGGUGGUUUUUAAGACGCCAGAAGCCAACUCAACUCUGAACUUGCAAGAGGUUCAAGAACUAGUGACAUGGGUGCUUGGUGAAGGAUUCAUGCCGUCAUGGGUUUUUAUUAAGAACAAACCGCUCAUUCCCAAAGUGGUUAUGCUUUAUGUCCCAGGCCUGGAUGCAGCUUUGUACUUAUCACAGCACCGACUACUUAAGAGUCUCAAAGAAUUUUGUGGCAAGCCAAGACCAGUUUUAGCUCUCAGCUGUAUGUCAGAUGGAAUGCAGACGAUUGAUGCCCUCCUAACAUGCAAAGUGAAAAGAAAGAGGGAAGAAAAUAGUACAGCUACAGAGAAAUCUAACCUGGCAUCUCAACAAGGUCUCUGGUGUUUCAGUAAUAUGCAUGCACUGAAAAGAACACUGCUCAGGUGGCUGUCUACUUAUUGCAGCGCUCUAGUUGCUUUUUUAAAACUACUCCAUUCCAGUUUGGCUAGAAGUCCUCUCUUUGAUGAUCCAUCCUCUGUGGACCUUAUGAAAGAUCUACCUUUCCCUAUUACAUUUUACACUCUUACAACAAAACAACUUGCAGACAAUGGAUAUUGCUUCAAUCAGCCAGGUUUUCUUUCAACUCUUCCAGCCCUUUCAGGAUCAUCUCAUUAUGAAAUGUUGGCACUUGAUUGCGAGAUGUGUGUCACAAGUGAGGGUUUGGAGCUAACAAGAGCAACAUUGGUGACUAUCAAAGGAAAGGUUGUGCUAGAUAAAUUGGUUAAACCAACAAAUACUAUCGUAGAUUAUAACACCAGGUUCAGUGGAAUCACAAGUGAGAUGUUAGAUGGCGUGACUACAAGUCUUAAAGAUAUUCAGGACGAAUUUCUAAAGCUGGUUUACAAAGAGACCAUCCUAGUGGGGCAUUCCUUGGAGAAUGACUUGUUAGCAUUAAAAAUCUCUCACAAUCUAGUGAUUGAUACAGCAGUGUUGUACAGGUACUCCCGUGGUGGAUCUUACAAAUCUAAACUUCGGGAUCUUGCCCGGAAAUUUCUUUCUAAAGAGAUACAGCAGUCAGGGGAUGGCCAUGACAGUAUUGAAGAUGCAAGAGCUGCUAUGGAAUUGGCACUUCUAAAGAUUAGACAUGGACCUGACUUUGGCACAAGACCAUCACUGAUACGGAAAAGACUCCUAACUGUUUUGAGUGAGAGUGGAAAGACCUCCUCUAUCAUUGAUGAUGUUUCUAUUGUGAAGCGAUAUGCUUCUGAAUUAUCCCAUGCAGUUCCUGUGUCCUCUGAUGAUGAAGCUUCUUCCAAAGCUCAAAAGGAGGCAAGGAAUGAUAGAGUGCAUUUUGUCUGGACUCAGUUUUCUGAAUUGAAUUGUUAUUUCAAGAAACAAGCAGAGGAUCCGGAGAAGUUAAAUGGAAAACUUGCAGAGAUGAUAUCCUUGCUUACAUGUGAUAAGAAUUCAGGCAAUAAAAAAGGUAUUAAAUGCAACUUGGCAUCUGAACUCAAGGAAAUUCUAAAGCGAGUGGAUACUAGAAUACGUACCCUCUAUGCUGCAUUACCCACUAAUGCCAUGAUUAUUGUCUGCACCGGUCAUGGAGAUAUAGCAACUGUCUAUAGAUUAAGGAAAUUGCUUUUGGAUCGUAGUGAAACCACAAUGUGCCGCGAGAGCAUUGUAAAGGUAUUGGAAGAGCUCCAAGCCCAAGCUGAGGUAGCAUUGUGUUUUGUUGGUGUGAAGAAUUGAGUAGAGAUAUCAAAGGGUUGUAGGAGUGACUUCCAGAGAGAAUUAGGUGAGGAGAUCUUAUGGACAAAAAUGAGCACUCCGGCAGCUUUUUCUACUUUCUACUUAUGAUCAGUGUUCACAAGAGCGCGACGGUUACAUAUCUUACAAGGUUCAAGCAGCUUCUUGUCCGAAUGAUUUUUUUAGGAGGCUUGGAUAACUACUAAAUUCCCUAUGGAAUAUCAGAAGUCAGCAAAGGUAUGAAGGAAAAUCUGGAAUGAAAACAGGGUCUCUUACAAGAGGGGACGAGAAAGUGCUGGAAAAGUUGAAGAGGUAGUUUAUUCCCAUGCUUACCAGAGGGAAGUCCUAAUUGUAUUUUCUGAUCUUGUAAUUUAUGCAUAAUAUUAUUUUUCACAAUUUUGAUGAUUUUCAAUCAUAUUCAAAAUUAAUCGUCACCUUUUUCU